AUGCAAUUAUAGGAAGAAUACCAGAAUUUUCAAUUCCGUUGAAAUCAUUUAUUGCGUUGAAUAUUUCUGAACAAUCUAUUUAAUGACACUGCGAUCUGUAGAAUAAAUGAGACGGUUACAAUCUUUGGAAUAAAGCUUUCGUGCAUGUGUUUAACAUGUAUAUACUAUGUCUAAGAAUGAAACAAAUGGCAUUAACAAUAAACCACGUCCAACACCCACUGCACUUGGCAUCAACGUGGAAAAGCCAAAGUUUCCACAAUACGCAGUAUCAUCUAAACGUUUAGAGUCGUUUGAGACAUGGGAAGAAUAUAUUCCAGUUAAGAAGACAGAUCUAGUGGAGGCAGGAUUGGUAUACACAGGCGUUGGUGACAGUGUAAGAUGUUAUUUUUGCGGUGGUGGGUUGAAAAAUUGGGAGCAGGGAGAUAUACCUAUGGAGGAGCAUGCUAAAUGGUAUCCCAACUGUCCUCACAUUCUGUUGGUGAAAGGCAAAGAUUACAUAGAUAAACUUAGACGAGGUGAGAAAACGGAUGAAGACGGACAAGUUAAUAAGACUAAUACAUCAUCUUUAACAUCAACAAAUUAUUUGGAUAGUGAUGCUGCUCAGAGCUGUCUACAAAUGGGGUUUACAGAAAGUAUGGUCGAAAAAUCUAUCGCGAUAUACAUGAAAACUAAUGGAAAAGAUGACUUCAAAGGCAAAGAUUUGUGUGAAAUACUUUUUGCACUCGAAGACGAUCCGAAUUUGUCUGUAGCAGCUGAAUAUCAAAAAGAAGACAACAAGAAUGAAACCGAUAAUUGUAUUACGAAUGAAGAAAUUGAACCCUUGGACUCAUUGCUGGAGGAGAACCAAAGACUUAAAGAAAAUCGUAUGUGCAAGAUAUGCCUUGACAAGAAAUCAGAUGUACUCUUUCUGCCUUGUGGUCAUAUGGUGUGCUGCCCUCAAUGUGCACCAGCUCUUGUUAAAUGUCCUGUCUGCAGAAAACAAAUCAACGGACAUGUUAAAACAUUCUUUGCUGUCUCGAGUGCCAAAAUGAAUUAGAUGCAAUAAGAUAUAUGUACAUAUGUACAUUACUUGUUUUGCUAAAACUACAUUGUCUUUCGAAUUAAAUUUGUCUUCAUGUUAAUAUAAAUUAUGCCAAUAAAGAAAAAAAAAAGAA